AGGGCUAGAGAGUGCAAUUCGACACUCCACCAAAAAAGCCCUCCAAAUUGAGAAUUUCUCGAUCGCCAUCCAACUAACCGCCCAAACACCACAGCCAAGAUGACGAAGGGUACCUCCAGCUUCGGUAAGCGUCACAACAAGACGCACACCUUGUGCCGACGAUGCGGUCGUCGCUCGCUUCACGUCCAGAAGCAUGAGUGCUCGUCUUGCGGCUACCCUUCUGCCAAGAUCCGCAAGUACAACUGGUCCGAGAAGGCGAAGCGAAGAAAGACUGUCGGCACCGGCCGCACCCGCUACCUCAAGGGCGUCUCCCGGCGAUUCAAGAACGGCUUCCAGACCGGCCAGCCCAAGAACGCGCGGGGCACCACCAGCAAGUCCGAGUCCUCGUAAACGGGGCACCGGAACC